AUGUUUCUUGAUGCAGCACUGCUAGUUACUGGAAAUCUUCUCUUCAUCGUUGGAAUAACGUUUGUAAUCGGCAUUCAUCGAACACUUGUGUUCUUCUUCGAAGUUCGCAAGCUGAAAGGAAGCAUUCUUUUCUUUGGAGGUCAGUUACUUCACAGAAUAAUAUUGUUUCUAAGGCUAGCCUGCAUUUACUGUAUUUUCAUUGUCUUGUUUGGUUGGCCUCUUUUUGGUAUCAUUCUGGAGUUCUGGGGAUUCGUUUUGCUGUUCGGGUAA